GCGCGACUGUAAAUAUUUAUAAAAAUUCAUCUUUAACUAAACCAGAUAAAGAAAACUGCACCAACCCUCUAGAUUACCAUGGCAUUUUAUUUAAGCAGUCUCAAACAGGCAGCUGUAGAUUUUGUCAUGGGUGGGACUACACAGCCUGACUGGAGCCAGCUGCCGAACGAGAUUCUGCUGCAAGUCUUCAGUUACCUUAGCAACAGCGACAAGUACCACGCCGCCCUCACCUGCAAGUCCUGGCUCCGCCCACUCUCAGUGCCGUCCCUGUGGCAGUCCGGAGAUUUUGUUUUUGACUGUAAAAGCGACGAAAAGGCCAUCCGGUUUGUUGACAUCACCGGCAAAACAUUACGUCAUAUUAAGGUAGAAUGUAAAAAACUUGAAAAUCUUCAAUUGGUAUUGGAAUACCACCCAUCUUGUUCAGAGAAGAUGUAUCUGUUUUUAGCCAGCCUUUUGAAUUCAGAGAAUCACCAGCUGUUGACCUUCAGACUGAAAAAUCUGAGCAGUUUGGAAACGUAUUGCGGUGGGGAAAGGUCAACGCCGUUGUCUGAGGUCGCUAAACUCCUGAAGAGAUUCUUGAAAGUCCAGCGACAGCUUCGUGUCCUUGACCUUAGCAAUAGCGAAAAGUCUGUGAGGUUCUGUUUCAAGGAAAUUCUUACCGUGAGGCAAGGCAUGAAAUUGCUGAUAGCAGCUGGCAAAUACUGCGGCACCACGCUACAUACCCUUGCUAUCGCCAGGCUCGUUAGCUUGAAAAGUAGUUUCCAUAAUAGCAUGAGCUAUCUUCCGCAAUUUCGAAACGCCAUCUCUGGUUUCAGCAAGUUAUCAGACCUUGACCUCAGCUAUGGUUAUCUGGAAGAUGACCUGCUACUCAGCCUGGCUAAUACAACAACCAGCCUCAAGUUGAUCACAGUUCGAGCUGAUGAAAUCCCAGAGUUAGAAAGUCAAAUUACCGCUCUAGCAUGGGAGAAGCUUACAGCGGCAUGUCCUGAGCUAAAAGCGAUUUUUCACAUCAAGCACAAAUUUGAGUCGUACUCCCAAGACCCAACAUUGAUACUCACACCAUCCAUGCCGCUCUAUCAAGUCAAGUGGAAAGCUGGUGCCGCCAUCGCUAAAGAGAACUUAGAGAAGUUCUUUCAACAUGUGGCACAGAACUUUCAGAAUACCAUACACCACCUUCAUCUACAGACGGGUGUCCGCCCUGACACGGAACGCUUUGAGCUUGUGUUCAAAAGUUUGCAGGCGUGCAAAAAUCUGGACACCCUGUCCCUGUGUUUGAAAAGCUACAAGAGUGGUGACGUAGAGAUGUACAUGCUGGCAAUAAAAGAUGUCAUGACGCGAUGUCCAGUGUCAUGUGACGUCACACUGAACGGUCAAGUUGUGAAGGUGGGGUCAGGAGAGUUCACCGGGUUGACCAGUUGACGAAUGUUUUUUUUUUAGAUCGGUGGUAAAACAAGGUAGUACACAUUAGCAUCUGUGUUUUUUAUUUAUCCUAAAAAAAUGGGUCCAUUUAACUAUUUGUUUUAAGUUUUGACUUGCAAUCAAUUUAUCAAUGUCAAGAUGAGCUAGAUGAAGAGACAACUAUUGAAAGCUGAUUAGGGAUGGUUUGGUGAGAUCUUAAACAGAGGGUUAGCGCAGGAGCCAUAGUAUGGAGGUAAACAGUUCUAGAACAAUAACAUGGAGGCCAGCAGUUAUAGAACAAUAAAAAUGAUGAAAACAAUACUAAAAAGCUGAUAAUUGCACCCCUUCUACUCGGUGAUUUUAAGUUACCAACCGGAGAAAAAUGUCAGAAAAACUCUUGAUUUGUAUAAUAA